CAUGACCACUUUUCACCACUACACAGCAGCAACGGUCUGAACAAUGCCUUCUCCCUUUCGAUGCUGUCGAAAACUGGACAUGUUUGGUAGCUGUCAUGAACGCAAGCAGAUUCUGAAAUACCGGUUUCCAGUUCCGAUCCGCCCAUUGAUUGGGCUCAAUGCUGACUACUGCUUGCCAUUGUUGAAUCCAAAGCUGGCCCUCAAUGGCCCUCCGAAACGAUGUCGCCUAACCCCAAGAAGCCAUCUCCUGUCGAACGAACGAAAAGUACGAAACCAACAAAGCGGACGCAGGCGCAUAUAGUCACAAGACAUCUAAUCGCAUUACUGAGGGAGCACAAAUGUUACGGCUAUUGAUCUGGCCAACCACAUGCGGCACCCAUUUGAGUUCUACAGCAUGAGGUUGAACAAAAACACAUGGAGCUUGCGAAAGGCAGAUUAUGGGCAUUUCAAUUCGGAGUUCAUCCCAGCGAUUAUGUUCGGAUUCCUCGACAGGAAACUGACUUUCAGAGACCAUGUCAAGCACUGGACGGGCAAGGCAAGCCGAGUGGCGAAUCACAUCCGCAGUCUAUGCAACACCGUCAGAGGUCUUCCGGUAGCGUCGACAAGGAAAGCCGUCACGUCCUGUGUGAUCCCGGUUCUCACACACGGCCUUGACCGAGAUUGGAGCACUACAUCGACUAUGCAUGCUAUUGAUAUAUUUAAUCAAUCACAUUUAAUCGGAACAGGGCUCUCUCCGAAGCUUCCGACCACAGAACCCUGCGCUCAGCUGAUUUAGUCGGGCUAUGGGAUGCGCAUCGUGGAAGAUUCAAGUUGCGGCAAAACGCGGAAGGCGAAAGUGGUCAGCAGUUAGGAUCACUGUUCCAGCGGGAAACAUUUGGUUACGAGCAGAGUUUGUGGAGGAUUUGGGGAUCUGAAUUUGAAUGGCUGAUCCAAAUACUUCCUGCGAAACAAUUCUUACGCACUUCACUUUGCCCGUUAUCGCGAGGCGCUAAUUGCUUGGAAUUCCCUUGCCAUUUAUUACCUCAAGGUGAUCACGACGAUCUGGAGGUGACUGGAUGAUUAUUCUCGGUUGUGAGAUAGUUGUUCUUCUGAGUAAGCAGUUGUAUGUAAAUCAAACUUGCGAUAACAGAACCGAGUGCGCACCAGGUCUUGGCGUGAGCCAGAAGUAAUCAAGAGACAGAAUGUGACUAUUAUACUACCGAGUUCCUAAACCAC